GGUUCCAGGAAGCGGAAGCAGGAAUGUCGGUGUGUUCUCAGAAAAAGUUUGGACAAGUUUGACAGUUUGCGGAGCGGCGUCUUUAGCCCGCGGAAGGACAUGACGGCGAGGACCUAAACGCGUCCGACUGCAGGUCGCGCGGCUCACCGGGACGCGGACCGACGGCGCGCGGAGCUUCACUGCUGUCAGUCUGUCCGCUGACCGCGCGGACGCUUCACGGGGAGCGCGACAGUGAUGGACGGACGCGCCGCUGCCCCAAAUACGGUGUUUUACUUGUUGCUAAUGUUGCUGUAGAGUCUCCUUCGACUGACUGACCUCAACCAAACACACACAGACACAAGACAAUAUGGAGAGUGGACCUCUGGGAAUGGACACCAACGUUGCUCCAGAUCCCGGAGUGCAGUCGAACUGCAGCUUAGCCUCUCUGCGGCGGCGGGCCUGGGCCCAGAGCAAAGACUCCACCUGGCAAGAAUCCGAAGGAGGCAGCUGUGGCCCCCAGGAGCCCCAACAGAACCAGAGGGACGGGGAAGAUCAGAGACGCUCAGAAGGACCAGGGCCCGUUCCCAACAACAUCGCCAGCUGGCUGAUUGAUUGCAGGACUCCCCUUGAAGCCGCUCUAGAUGAUCACACUGCUUCUCCCAGCAAAGGAGCGCUGAAGAACGGCUGCAGCUUUGAAGAUGACCUUUCACUGGGAGCUGAAGCCAACCACCUUCAGUCCAGCAACAAAAAAUCUAAAUCCUGUUUUGAUCUCGCGGCGGAUCAGAAGAGGAGUCAGUAUAAAGAGAGAGGAAGAAGUAUGAACUCCACUGGAUCAGGGAAGAGCAGCACUGUGUCCAGUGUGUCGGAGCUUCUGGACCUCUACGAGGAGGACCCAGAGGAAAUCCUGCUAAGUCUUGGUUUCGGUCGGGAAGAACCUGACCUCGCCUCCAAGGUUCCCUCCAGGUUCUUCAGCAACACCUCCACGGCGCGAGGCAUCGACAUCAAGGUCUACCUGGGUGCUCAGCUGCAGCGCAUGGAAGUGGAGAACCCCAACUACGCUCUGACUAGUCGUUUCCGUCAAAUUGAAGUCUUGACCACAGUCGCCAAUGAGUUCUUUCAGCUCUACAGUCAAGUCUCUGGUCAACCUGUCCAAUGCAUCAGCUCCAUGGACCAAGGCGGAGAAAGAGGGAGAGAUGAGUCGGCUCCUCCUCUAAAGAGGAACGGCUCGACUCGUAAUGUCGCCAAACUCCUCAAGAAUACCAUCAGCAGACACAACCUGCUCGCGGCCGCCUCCCAGUCCCCUGAAGCACACUCACCGAGCCAACAAACGCCGCUCAGCGGACACGCCGCCUCUGCUCACACACCCACCAAGGGUCUCGCACACGCCGCUCCAGAGCAGGAGGUCUGCAGCACCGACUCCGGCCCCCAGGCCGAGGCAGUCAACCAGAAUCACCUGCGCAAGAAAGACAGCUGUUCCCUGGCGACAGUCGCCGAGGAAACCAACGGGGAUGGAGACGACAGUUCUGAACAGAGCAGAACCGCACCAGCGUCCGAUGGAGCGCAGCGACCAGAGUCAGCGGAAGGAGCCAGGAUGGUGACCGAGGAGCAAGUGGAGGAGAAGAUGAUCCUGACCUCGACCCCAGAGAAAGCUCCUUCCCCCCUGGCCCCGCUGCAGCUGGCACAGCUUCGCGUGGAAAACGCAGACUCCUUCGACAUGGAGGAGAUUCAGAGUAAUGAAGACGACACUUUGCCACCCAGGACGUCCAAAGGCACUGACCUGCUGAGGACCGUCAGUCAGCAGUCGGACAGCAGCGGUUUUGCUGAGGAGCCCUCCGCCGACUCCAACUGCUACCUCAAGGUGCAGGAGAGCAGUGACAGCUGUGACAGCGAGACCACUGUGACGUCACACCUGUCUCUAGAGGUGACCACACCCCUCGCAAAGGAUAGACCAGCCUUCGAGCUGCCAGAAGGCCAGGAGGGAGGGGCGGAACCUGCUGUCGCUGCUGAGGAUAAAGGGAGAAGGAGCUCCAGGGAAGGGGACGCCCAGUAUUGUAGUUCAGAGCAGGUACCGCAGUACACGGCCCACCACCUCCCUGGGCACCGACCAAUGGGAACGCAGCAUGGUGAGACUGGGGAGGAGGAGGGAGUUGAGAGUGGGGACCAGACUGCUGCAGAACUAGAACCACAACCACAGUUAGAACACACUCUGAAUCCGACAGCUUCAGAACAAGAACCCCAACACACUCAGAACCAGAAUCAGACCGUCACGGAUGCAGAACCCACAAAGGAAGCGGGUUCUGAGGACGAGGUCAGAGAAGAGCAGGUAUUCUUGGCUGAUUGUGGUUUACCUCCUUCUGCUCCUUCGUCUCCGGUUCUCAGUGCUCUGAUCCGAGCUCAAAAGAAACAGCUGACCAAGUGUGAGCAGCUGGUCCACAUUGGGCCCAAUAAUUUGCCCCAAACCCCAGGAGGAAAACGUGGUAUCCCUCUACAGAGGUCCUCCUCCUUGCCCUCAGCGUUCCUAUCGCCCUCCAGGAUCGUGUCCUCUGUCAGGAUCCAAUUUGGUCGUGGCCAGGCCUCCUGCACUAAGCCUACGUACUCCGUCAAACACUCCCAUGGGGGAGGGGGCGAUGAGGAGGAGGACGAGCAGGAGCAGGAGGAAGGACAAAACACAUGUUUGUCUACUCUGAUCAUAAACCCUGCCCCCUCGUCCAACUCUAACAACCAACCGCCGAGGCUGCUCACAGAAGCGCCCAUCCCACCCAAACCAAUCCCACGCCACCUACUGCGGUCAACCUGUUCCCUCCAUAGCUGCAGCCCUCCGCCUGACUUGUCAGCAGGAGAUCACGCUCACUCCUGGAGCACCCAGAGUGUUCCUGAUCUCUCCUCCAAUCGGCAGCAACCAGGCCAGUUUCAACACAACCUGCAUGCCAACCUAAACCAGCGGAAUUGGAAUACAGGGCAGACAAUGUUCCCUUAUCCUAAUCCUACAUCUCAGUACUUUAACCCAAGCCCCAACCCUUACCACUUUGCUCAGAACCCUCCCCUGCCGUACCCAUCACCUCACCACGUACCUCAGAGUCUUCCUAACAUCCUCCGUCACCACAACCCGACCCACCAUUCUAGUCUAACCAGCCUCUACCAACCUACCUCUCCCAUAGCCCGUCAGCACGGCAGCCUCUCCAACUUGCAUCAGCCUUCCACUUCCACGGCUCCUCACCACUUCAAUGGGGGCAACUUCCAUCCAGGAACUCCACCAAUGCACCACCAGGCGUAUCAUCUGCCAAGUCAUCAGUUCCCUUACCACGCCACUCCUCACGGCGCACAGUUUGGAUCGACCUACCUUGGUAGCCAUCUAUACAACAUGACCCCCCACCUGCCGUCUCCCUAUUCCGUCACCCAGUGUACGCCGUUGGCCCCAGAACACAACCUCCACCCGGGGCUCACACCUACCGCUCAAGGCUUCCUUCCAGGCCCGGCCUCAUCCCUCGGCCCGGGUCACAGCUUCCACCCGGUGUUCACUCCUCCCACCCAAGGUUUCUCCCCAGGCGUCCCCUCAAGCCUCGGCCCAGGUCACAGCCUCCAUCCGGGGCUCGCUCCUCAUCCUGCUCCAGGUCCAGGACCCAGCCAGGGUCCAUCCAGCACUGAGAUGCAGCUAAGGAGGGUUCUGCAUGACAUCAGAGGAACGGUUCAGAGUCUUGGCCAGAAACGAGGAGACAUUCCGGACGGGUUCAUUGAACACCGAGCAGAUCAGCCCAACUACCAGUCCUUGGCAGAGUUUCAGCAGAAGAGGCAGAGUUUGAAUUUAUUCCGCAGUCAGAUGACUGACCUGGAGGAGUCCAUCAUCCGACAGCAGGCCCUGGUCUACAAACACCUGAGCCCUGCUGACCGGAUGGAGGUGGAGCAGCUUCAAUCUUUGCGGUCCGCGGUGAGGGAGGAACUGCAGGAGCUGGAACAACAGCUGGAGGACAGACUGAUGGAGCUGACAUAUCACACACAGCGCAGGGGUCACCAUAGGGACCGCAGUUUUGACAGUCUGUCCAGCAGCUAUGCACUGAGGGCAAUGGAGCCGGUGUCAGACCUCCUCAGAGAGCAGCUCCUCCUACAGUCAGAGCUCAGCUACAGCGGCCACGGUGCCUCCACCGCUCCUUCCUCCAGAACCUCCAGUCCGCUGCCCGCAGGAAGAGAUGGCCAGCAGAAAGGAUGCGUGUACCGCGCGUCAAUUAACAUAAACCCUGUGCCACCUCCUCGGCCCAACACACGCACUGAGGAAGAGGAGACAGAAGAAGGAGAGAGGGACAGGGGAGGAGCACCAGAGGAGGGAGGAGCAUCAGGAGGAAUGGGGGACCUGCAGCAGCUCAUCAGAGAGAUUCGAGAGAGCGUGGCGCAGGAGGUCCGAAAGGAGAUCUACAGCGAGCUGCUGGCCGCCGUGUCGCCGCGGCAAUCGCCCCUGCCCGGCAGGCAACACCCCUUGUAGUCACGGCAACAGCGGAGCGCUACCCCUUUCGUUUUCAGCCUUAGUAACCACAGCCUGAGCGGCAAGACUGUCCGUCUGUAUCACUGUAUCGCUGAGUAACACUGUCCGCGUGACUGUAACACUGUAUGUCUGUAACACUGGGGACUAAAUGAGCACAUCGGCGAACGUGUGAUAAGGCCCGCCCACCACUCCUGAGGAGAGGGGGGCCGCAGACAGGACUCGUGGAAUUCUACAGGUCUGUUUGUUUCUUGCGUAGUGUGAUGCAUGCUGGGAACGCCAGCUGAUCAGCGGUGAAGUGUUGUCGUCACAUCCCGUUUCUUCUUUCUAAGAUGUUUUGAUCAAAGCCAGGCCUCAAAGUACUACUACUUCCUCUAGUACUACAAACACUGGCUAAAGUAGUACCGCUGAUUGUACUCUGCCACUACUACCACUCCUAGUGCCAGUCCUGUGAAUUUGUUUGCUCUUUGAUCCCACUCUGGGAUCAGAUCAGUAAGUAUUGAUGAUAGUAACAAUAAUAAUUAUUAUAAUUGUGAUGACAAGAUCAAUAAAUCAAUAGUUUAUUAAUUAAAACAUAUCAUUUCAAUUGGUCAUUUUCCUGAACAACAUUCCCUUAAUAAGUGCCUUAUUGGUGAUAUUUUAAUCUAAGACCUUUUUGUUUGAGGCUCCAUUCCUUAGACAUUUUCUGUCACUCCUCAAAGUUAUUCAUUCAUUUACAUUUCACCUUCAUGUUGACAGUUUGAAGAUGUUCUAGAGAUACACACGGAAAUGAUAAUGCUUGUACAGCUCUCAUUGCCCUUUUAUCAUCAUCAUCAUCAUCAUCAUCAUUGUCAUCAUUGUUAUUGUGCUUCUGCUCCUCGAGCCUCAUUCGCUGUUAACCUUUGUCAGUUUUCAUUUUUUCUGUUUUGUGUCCAACAAAAUGUUGGACUCUUGGCUUUGUGUCUUCAUUUGUUGGUUGUUACAGAGCAGGUAGUUGGGUUUGUGUGGGAUGUCGUUAGGUACUGCUGAGGUCAAAGGUCCUCCUGCAGCAGCAACAGCAGGUUUCAGUAAGUCAUGGUGACAAUGAUGAUGAUGAUGCAAUGCCUGGUCAGUAGACCACCUAUGGGGGAGCAGGCAGAGAAGCUCAAACCUUAGCUGCAUUAGCAUGUUAGCUGCGCUAGUGUGUUGACUUCCCACUGUCUAAUGACAUAAUGUGCAAUAAUAUUAACAUACGUAUUGAUUACUUCUACGGUAUCAGUAAAUCACGGUUAACAUAUGUUCCUCCUCUUUGCACAGAAUCCACAUAAGUGAUCAAAAAUCAACUGAGUUCUGUACUAAUGAGCCCUUACUCACCAUCGGUUUUCUUUAGCAUUGGCCUGUGUGGCACCUUGCAGCUUUUCAGAUCAACAUAAGUGUUUUAAAACUGAAAGUCUCGGGAGAAGCUGUGUUGAUACAAGAACUCUGUACCUCUUUUUUAUCUUCUUCACGGAACAGUGAUUAUAAGAAUUUCAAGACAACCUCACAUUAAAACUUAGAUUGCAUAGUGAAAGCUGAACUUUUGGGAAACAAUGUAUUGAUUGUCUUUCAGUGGGUUUGGUUUGGAUGUUUGGGACCAAUAUAUGGUGACGAGGAUCUGAGCUCACGGGUGAUGAGUCUGAGCGGCUAGCCACAUCUCAGUUUGUUUUUGAUGCUCUAAACCAGUGUUAACUGGACCUUUAGAACGUUUAUUCUCAUAAUCAUUAAUUGACUUUGUUUGUUUGAUACUUAUAAUUUUCUUUGCUGAAACAACGCUCACUGUGAGCUCUAACUUUUUAACUGAUCAAGAAAAUCCUUCACACACUACUAAUUACCCUUCACUGUCUGACUAUUGGUGUCUAAUAUGUACUUUGUAUUGAUGUCUUCUCAUUGGGAUGGAGGGAAGGGAUCACUCGAAAUAAGAAUAAUAAAGAUGUAUUUAUUUUCAGUA